UCCGUCGUUGACUGCUCCUCGCUGUGAAUUUUGGAAAAAACUUGUUAGCUCGUACUCGUCCAGUGGGGUGGUCACUGUUUCUGGAAGGAUCAGACCUCGCUGCGUUAUAAAUGUCCGAUAAGGCUCUCAUUGUUGCUGGACAUUCUUUUUUGUGGUUACUUGUGGUGUCUGCCUGCUGCUACUCUCAGAGUGUGUGUUUGCCGAGUGAGGAGAAGGCGAUUAGGAUUUCGGGAUUCACGACGAAGGCAACUACGUUUUGAUUGCAUUCUAAUAUACUGUUUAGAAUACCUGUGUGCCACUCUUUUAAGCGAGCUAUACUUUUUACAGCGAUGGCCACAUCGGUUGCUACUAACGCGACCUACUGUCAACUGGGCAAUGCGACUGAAGUGUGCCGCUCGGUUUUUCCAAGGAAGAGUUCCGGGUCUGGGUGUAGCCAUGUGUAUUUUGGAAGAAACUUGAGUAAAAGCUUGCACGCGAAUUCGAGAGGUCGAGUGUGUUCGCUUGAUGCAAAGAAGCAACGGGGAACAUUUGAAGUUCGGUGUCAAGCCGCUAGCACCAGCACCGAAGUUGAGAAUGAUGUUGUCGGAGUGAAGCAGGCACCUGUUCUUCCGUUCCGAGUGGGUCAUGGGUUUGACCUUCAUCGUCUGGAGCCCGGACUACCCCUUAUCAUUGGAGGAGUAAACAUUCCACACGACCGUGGUUGCGAGGCCCAUUCUGAUGGGGAUGUGCUACUGCACUGUGUUGUGGAUGCUAUCUUGGGUGCCUUGGGUCUUCCGGACAUUGGGCAACUAUUUCCAGACAAUGAUCCAAAGUGGCGGGGAGCUGUCUCGUCUGUCUUUGUCAUUGAGGCUGUCAGGCGUAUGAAGGCUGCAGGAUACGUUAUCGGUAACCUGGAUGCCACUCUGAUUUUGCAAAGACCUAAAUUGAGCCCUCAUAAAGAAGCUAUCCGUGCGAAUUUGUGCGAGCUAUUAGAAGCGGAUCCUUCUGUUAUCAAUUUGAAGGCAAAAACACAUGAGAAGGUGGACAGUCUAGGUGAAAACCGGAGUGUUGCUGCACAUACUGUUGUGCUUCUUAUGCGUAAGUAGGCAUUGCAUAACUUUUAUGUGCUCCACCAUGGACACCGUGGAGGUCAAUUCCCACUUUCUUUUUGAUUUAUUUUGGAGGGGCCGUGUAAUGAUUUACAUCUCAGCAUAAAUGGCUGAUUAAUCAUGCCCAAUGUAUUCGCAUUGUACUAGAAACGUACUUUAGUUAGUUGAGGUCACUUCAGUAGCUGAGUAUGUGGAUGCUGCUAUUCAUGAAAUAGAAUAUAUUUUUUCUGAUUAUUCCUGACUUGGUGUGAAGCAAAGUCAUGUUAUUCAAAUAUUCCGCCAAUAAAAGAAUUUAAUUUUCUGAUUAGUAA